AUGGAUUUCCUGAUCCAUGUAUGGUCCAAUGAAGCUGAUGACUUGAGGUCUCCAGACUUGACUACUUUGUCAUGUAUGAGAAUGUCUUGUGGCCAGUUUCUGGUCAGCAUCAUUGUGUCUGCAGAGUGCUUUAUCACUUUCACCUACGGCAAAUCAUGUAAGGGUUUAUUUUGCCAUCAAGUGAAUUUCCCACAGACAAAUCUGAGCUCGUACAUCACCCAGCCUGUGAGCAGCUCGACCUCAGAGAGUCCAAGCAGACCUGCCAACAAAGUCGCCUUCCAAGGCAUCCUUAAAAGUCACAAGUUAAACAAGAAAUGUUGUUAUAAUGGAGGAACUUGUUUCCUUGGAACGUUUUGCAUUUGUCCUAAGGAGUACACAGGACGUCGCUGUGAAUAUGAAAAGAGGCCUCAAAAUUGUGCUGGUGGCAUCGCCAAUGGAGAGUGGGUAGUCCGAGGUUGUGCCUUAUGCAGAUGUUUCUCAGGAGAACUUUACUGUUUGCCUCCAGCAGAAGGAUGUGAACACGUCACCAUGAGAUCCGUGGGGUCGAAGCUACAUUACUGCUGUGUGACUGUAUUCGGACUGACGCUAAUGAUUAUUUUUGCACUGUGUGCGCUAUUUUAAAGCAUGCUUGAUAGAUACGUUUUUUGUAUCCUGCACUUUUAAAGAUUUUUCCUUUUUGCAAAUUGAGUUUUGGUUGCAUAGAAUUUACAUAAAACGCUAAUGAACACUUUGAAAAUAGAAAUACAAUUCGUUCCCUUGACUGCUGGAAAACGGAUUGAUUUUUCUAUGUAUACGGGUGAACUCCACCAACGGCCAGCAGACGUUUUCUCUUUGGUACCUGGAAACUGCCUCUGGGAUGAGUAUUAUCUUGAUAUAUUGCAUUCCCAAAGUGUCAUUGUGAAACGUUUAACUGUAAAACAAGGUCAGACCCAACUUGUGAACACCGCUAGUGAUGUUUCACUAAUGUAAUGUCAGAAAUAGCGGAGCUGAAUGAGUGUUAACUCCUUAAGGGCUGCAUAGUUUCAGCUUUGUGAUGUAUCUGGUUUAGGCUAGUUUCACACUAGCGUUGGACAUCUCUGGCCAUCUGUUCUGCCACCUGAGACCCACCCGCCCCAUUCACUAUAAUGGGGAUCGGCAGAGAUCUGGCUGCAACCCGGCAUACAUGCCGAUUCUCAGCAGCGGGAUCUCUGCUAGUCCCUUUCAUAGUGAAUGGGGCCUGGCGGCGAUGUGGUAGCUUCCGGCAAUGCCGAUAUGCAGAGGGAUCUAAAAGCGCUAGUAUGAAACUAGCCUCACCCAUAGCACUAUGUAAAACAAAAAAUAACACACAUUGAUAGCAUGAUAAACUUACCAAAUGACUCAUUCAGCCCUGCUACAUCUAAACAGUAGUUUCCACCAUAGGUUUUUAAUAUUUGUCUAUGCAACAUUGUUCAUUAGUGAAUAGGAUUGCUUUCUAUAUUUAAAACUUCUAUUAAUUGUAAAUGUGUUUGUCUGUCAUGUAAAAUGGGAAUUCUCUAAAAAACAAAACGGGUAGAUUGUAAAUGGGGACUUCACGAAGCAAUAACUUCGGCUCAUCAGAGCCAAUACAUUCUACUACUGUACAGAGCUCCUGCUCCGUACAGUAUUAGAACAAAGUUUUAUGCGAAUUGACUUCGGAUGUUUCACCCGAAGUCGAUUCGCUCAUCAUUAAUUGUAAACUUGUUCAACAGAUGACGUUGGCAUAUGAUGGGAAAGAAUAUUUUUAUAUUUUAUGUAUAGAGUAGAUUAGUAGCAACUGUUUUACUUGUCUGACAAUCACCACUUUGAAUUGUGAUGAGACAAAUCAAUAAGCACUUACUAGAAUGACCGAAUUACCUACUAGGCCUGAAGCCUAUGGCGCUGAUCAGCGGCGGGGCAGGGAACUAUGCCCUCCUGUGCCUCGCCGCAGUAUGUGGGGCGAGCACCCCUAUGUUAAUCCGCCACUGAGCGGCACUGCAGACAGACAAGUGUUUUUGGGCGCAGGUUCUGAGGAUUAGGGUGGCCAUCUCCUAGGCCAGACAACCCCUUUUAAACACUCAGUUUAACAAAAGAUUCACACAUCCGGCUGAAUGCUAACGAUAUUGCUGAUUUAAUAAGACGAUUGGAGAGAAGUACUCUCUCUAGACAUGUACUGAAAUGUUUCUACAAUGCAUGAUUGUACCCAUAUUUCUCUUGUUGAAUGCAGUCAUGGUAUAAUACAGUGUGGUAUUCUUUCUAUUUUUUUGGAGUGAAAGGGAUAACUCUUAGAUUGGUGGGUGUCCUACCACUGGGACCUCUACUGAUCAUGAGAAUGAGAACCCUGUACCUUUUGGAGGCCUCCAAAAGUAACGGAGCCGCAGGUCCGGCGUGUAUGAUUGAUGGGGAUCUGGCUGCUGCCACCCCACUGAUCGUGAGAAUGGAGGUCUCCAAGUCCCCUGUGUGAACAGGCUUGUGCAGUAUGCAUAUGUGAUCUGUAGUCUGUUCAUUAUGGGACUGCUGAGUACAGAACUCUAUCUCUGGCAGUACCAUUGAAGCGAAUGGGAGCAGUGGUCACACAUGCUCACUAGUGCUCCAUUCACACAAGAGCACCUCUACAGCAGUCAGACCUGCAGCAAAUAUACCUUCAUCUAUCCUGUGGAUAGGUGAUAAAUGUUAUUCGUGGGCCAUAUUUACCCAUUAUUAUCACAGCUCAGUUUUUAUUUCUUAUAGUGAUCCUAAAAAAUGGUUGUGCUGUGAUGGGAAACAAGAUAAGAUUUCAUAAACCUGCCCCAUCAUUAAUCCUUU